AUGCGCUGGUUAACAACCAGUGGGGUGACUCCCAACACGCCAGGCAAAGAAUGUGACAUCACACACUCAGAACGCUCCCUCGAUCGGCCUCCCUCGAUCGGCCUCCCUCGAUCGGCCUCCCUGAAUCGACCUCCCUCGAUCGACCUCCCUCGAUCGACCUCCCUCGAUCGACCUCCCUCGAUCAACCUCCCUCGAUCGACCUCCCUCGAUCAACCUCCCUCGAUCGGCCUCCCUCGAUCAGCCUCCCUCGAUCGACCUCCCUCGAUCGGCCUCCCUCGAUCGGCCUCCCUCGAUCGACCUCCCUCGAUCGGCCUCCCUCGAUCGGCCUCCCUCGAUCAGCCUCCCUCGAUCGACCUCCCUCGAUCGGCCUCCCUCGAUCGACCACCCUCGAUCGACCACCCUCGAUCGACCUCCCUCGAUCGGCCUCCCUCGAUCGACCUCCCUCGAUCGGCCUCCCUCGAUCGGCCUCCCUCGAUCAACCUCUCUCGAUCAGCCUCCCUCGAUCGACCUCCCUCGAUCGGCCUCCGUCGAUCGGCCUCCGUCGAUCGACCUCCCUCGAUCGGCCUCCCUCGAUCGGCCUCCCUCGAUCGACCUCCCUCGAUCAACCUCCCUCGAUCGACCUCCCUCGAUCGGCCUCCCUCGAUCGACCGCCCUCGAUCAACCUCCCUCGAUCGACCUCGCACUUCAAUCAAUAACAACACACAAAACGUUUUUUCAAGUUAA